AUGGGCUGUUGUGGUUGUUUUGGAUUCUCAUUCGCAAGAAAACCCCAAAAGGAUGAUGAUGAUGAGGUGCAAAGUCCUGCCAAACGUUCUGAACGGAUCCUCAUGUACAGAACUCAAAAUGGAUUGAUUUGCAGGGAAUUUCCUGUCAAGGAAACCCACAAAGUCAUUCGCUCAGAGGAUGAGAACGGGAACAAGAUGGUUAAUGAGUAUGUACGGGAGUGGAAGAUUGGUUCUGGUAGUUAUGGAAAAGUGGUUCUUUACCGAAGCCAUGUUGAUGGAAAGCAUUAUGCAAUUAAGGCCUUUCACAAGUCUCAUUUGUCAAAAUUGCGGGUUGCACCUUCAGAGACUGCUAUGACCGAUGUUCUUCGUGAGGUUUUAAUCAUGAAGAUGUUGGAUCACCCCAAUAUAGUUAAUCUCAUCGAGGUGAUUGACGACCCAACCACAGAUCAUUUCUACAUGGUUCUUGAAUAUGUGGAAGGCAAAUGGGUUUGUGAGGGUUCUGGUCCACCAGGUGGCCUGGGAGAAAAUACCGCACGAAAGUACUUGCGGAAUAUAGUCUCUGGCUUGAUGUAUCUCCAUGCUCAUAAUAUAGUGCAUGGGGACAUUAAACCUGAUAACCUUUUGGUUACUAGUACUGGCGUAGUGAAGAUUGGUGAUUUCAGCGUCAGCCAGGUUUUUGAGGAUGAUAAUGAUGAGCUUCGCCGCUCUCCGGGGACCCCUGUUUUUACUGCACCUGAGUGCUGUUUAGGCUUAACCUAUCGUGGCAAAGCUGCUGACACGUGGGCAGUUGGAGUUACCUUGUACUGUCUGGUGUUUGGACAAUACCCCUUUCUUGGAGACACACUGCAGGAUACAUAUGACAAGAUUGUUAAUAAUCCUUUGUCUCUCCCUGAUGGUAUGAACCCCUUACUGAAGAAUGUGCUUGAGGGGCUUCUCUGCAAAGACCCAAUACACAGGAUGACUCUUGAGGCUGUUGCAGAGCAUGCGUGGGUCAUUGGAGAAGAUGGACCUAUUCCGCACUAUCUGUGUUGGUGCAAACGUAACCGGUUGCAGAUGGUAGGAUCUGAUGAGAGCCAAGCCGAUACUCUUAUUUAA